AUGGGUGUUCAGAAGACCGUUCUCAAGGAGGGCUCCGGUGCCCAGCCCCAGAAGGGCUCUACCGUCACCAUUGAGUACACUGGAUGGUUGAAGGACACCUCCAAGCCCGACAGCAAGGGCAACAAGUUCGACUCUUCCGUCGGCCGUGGUGACUUCGUCGUCCAGAUCGGCGUCGGCCAGGUCAUCCGAGGCUGGGACGAGGGUGUCCUCACCAUGAAGACUGGCGAGAAGUCUACUCUGGACAUUUCCAGCGACUUUGGCUACGGCGCUCGCGGCUUCACUGGCCACAUUCCUCCCAACUCUGACCUGAUCUUCGACGUCGAGCUGAAGAAGGUCCAAUAA